AUGCAGACGGCCAAGCAACAGGCGUGGAGACGGGCCAAGCAACAGGCGUGGAGACGGGCCAAGCAACAGGUAUGCAGACGGCCAAGCAACAGGCGUGGAGACGGGCCAAGCAACAGGCGUGGAGACGGGCCAAGCAACAGGCGUGGAGACGGGCCAAGCAACAGCCGUGGAGACGGCCAAGCAACAGGCGUGGAGACGGGCCAAGCAACAGGUGUGGAGACGGGCCAAGCAACAGGCGUGGAGACGGGCCAAGCAACAGGCGUGGAGACGGGCCAAGCAACAGGCGUGGAGACGGGCCAAGCAACAGGCGUGGAGACGGGCCAAGCAACAGGCGUGGAGACGGGCCAAGCAACAGGUGUGGAGACGGGCCAAGCAACAGGCGUGGAGACGGGCCAAGCAACAGCCGUGGAGACGGGCCAAGCAACAGGCGUGGAGACGGGCCAAGCAACAGCCGUGGAGACGGGCCAAGCAACAGGCGUGGAGACGGGCCAAGCAACAGGCGUGGAGACGGCCAAGCAACAGGCGUGGAGACGGGCCAAGCAACAGGCGUGGAGACGGGCCAAGCAACAGGCGUGGAGACGGGCUAAGCAACAGGCGUGGAGACGGGCUAAGCAACAGGCGUGGAGACGGGCCAAGCAACAGGCGUGGAGACGGGCUAAGCAACAGGCGUGGAGACGGGCCAAGCAACAGGCGUGGAGACGGGCUAAGCAACAGGCGUGGAGACGGGCCAAGCAACAGGCGUGGAGACGGGCUAAGCAACAGCCGUGGAGACGGGCCAAGCAACAGGUGUGGAGACGGGCCAAGCAACAGGCGUGGAGACGGGCCAAGCAACAGGCGUGGAGACGGGCCAAGCAACAGGCGUGGAGACGGGCUAAGCAACAGCCGUGGAGACGGGCCAAGCAACAGGUGUGGAGACGGGCCAAGCAACAGGCGUGGAGACGGGCCAAGCAACAGCCGUGGAGACGGGCCAAGCAACAGGCGUGGAGACGGGCCAAGCAACAGCCGUGGAGACGGGCCAAGCAACAGGCGUGGAGACGGGCCAAGCAACAGCCGUGGAGACGGGCCAAGCAACAGGCGUGGAGACGGGCCAAGCAACAGGUGUGGAGACGGGCCAAGCAACAGCCGAGGAGACGGGCCAAGCAACAGGUGUGGAGACGGGCCAAGCAACAGGUGUGGAGACGGGCCAAGCAACAGGUGUGGAGACGGGCCAAGCAACAGGCGUGGAGACGGGCCAAGCAACAGCCGUGGAGACGGGCCAAGCAACAGGUGUGGAGACGGGCCAAGCAACAGCCGAGGAGACGGGCCAAGCUACAGCCGAGGAGACGGGCCAAGCAACAGCCGUGGAGACGGGCCAAGCAACAGGCGUGGAGACGGGCCAAGCAACAGGCGUGGAGACGGGCCAAGCAACAGGUGUGGAGACGGGCCAAGCAACAGCCGUGGAGACGGGCCAAGCAAAAGCACAAACUUUGA